CGAGGCAGCAAGCGCUGCCGUCGCCUGUUAAACCUCCCUGCGUCGACGGUCCCAGCACCCAGCGCCGCGCUUCCAUCUCUCUCCCCGACGGUCCCAGCACCCAGAGUGUCGCCGAAUUGUUGCAGAGAAAGCAAGCAAGGGCCGCGUCGCCGAAUCGCUUCCAACUCUUCCGGACAGCUAUCUCUGUUCGAGCAAGCACAAGACUCGACCGGCGGCGGCGAGUCUUCGAGCGGCGACGGCGAUUCUUCGAACGGCGACGGCGAUUCUUCGAACGGCGACGGCGAUUCUUCGAACGGCGACGGCGAUUCUUCGAACGGCGACGGCGAGGCUUUGAAGACAGACGACGGAGGCUGCGAGGCGGAGGCUGCGAGGCUUCGAGCCCUUUCUGGGUUUUCAAACGAAGAGAGGGGAUUCCAGUUUCAGUUGAAUUUUGAUUGGAUGCGAAACUGGAAUCCUCAUCGUUUUAUCCGCUGUUCUUCUUGUAACGGAAUUCUGAUGUGUUAUCUGGAUGGAGCAUAUGUUGUAGAAAUGGCACUAGGUGGAACUGCUCCCCCAAGAGGAAGUGCAGCUGCCGCUGCAAGCAUGCGCCGGAGAAGGACCACGGGUGGCGCUGGUGCUGGUGGGGGUGGUGGUGCUGCAGGAGGAGCAGCUGGAACCAUGCUCCAGUUUUAUACUGAUGAUGCUCCGGGACUCAAAAUAUCGCCUAAUGUCGUACUGUUUAUGAGCAUCGGCUUCAUCGCCUUUGUUGCCAUUCUCCACGUUGUGGGUAAGAUAUACCUUGUUCGGAGGGAGGCUUGAAAGACGUGAUGGAUGCCUUGUGGGUUGACAGCAGCGGAGCUACUCUCGUUCUGUGCUUUUCCUGUAUUUCCUUGACAGUUUUUAUGCAUCGAGUGCUAACUUUAGGUCAACGUUGUAUAAUUUCUGCUCUACUCGUUUGGAUUAGUUGGAUUGUGUUAGAGAUAUAGUCUCUUCUGAUACAGACACACAUUAUCAGUUUUGGUGCCUUGACCUAUUGUGGGUGCUUUCUUCCCUUCCCUUCCCUUCCCUUCCCUUGGAGGAAGGAGUCUGUGGUAGGGGAACGGUUUUUAUAGAAGCUUAGGGCAAAGAAAGAGUCAGCCGACAGAUUGCAACAUGGCCAGGAAAAUAACGCAAUCCGUGAGGUCUGUACAUCCAAGAGUCUCCCCGUGAAUGAGCAUAAGAUCCCAACAAUUGCAA